UCCCCACCCAUAGUUUUAAUGCUAGUUUUGAGAAGAUACUCCUGUGUAUGUGUAGUGUAGUGUUACAGGUGCAAAAGCCUUUUCCCCUUUUAACCUUCUACCUUCAAAAAGGUGCGGUUUCAUUCGUCAUCUCAUUAAUGGAACAACCUCAUCACACCAACAAUUUCUCCAUUCCAUAACUCUCCCUUCAUCGCAUAAUAAUCACCAUUAGCAUCUUCAGAAUCAGAUCUAAAGCAGUUACAUAAACAUUCAUGAGUUAACUGUAACCAUCUGAAGCUCAAUUCAACAAUGGAGUCGACGCAAGGUAGACUGCAAGCAUUGAAAUCGACUUCUAGAUACGCGAAUUCGCCUUCUUCUUCCACUACUUCUUCUUCCAAACAGUUUCCAGAAGCUUCCGUUGAUGUUUUCAGCUCUCCGUCUUCAUCCGCUAGAAGCAAGCCGCACUCCGAGAAAUUAAAGGAGAAUGUUACCGUUACCGUCCGGUUUCGGCCGCUCAGUCCGAGAGAAAUUCGACGAGGCGAGGAGAUUGCGUGGUAUGCGGAUGGAGAAACUAUUUUACGGAGUGAGGAGACUCCCUCAAUUGCUUAUGCAUAUGAUCGGGUGUUUGGACCUACAACCACAACACGUCAUGUAUACGAUAUUGCAGCCCAACAUGUUGUUAGCGGUGCAAUGGAAGGUGUUACUGGAACUAUUUUUGCCUAUGGCGUGACAAGUAGUGGAAAGACUCACACCAUGCAUGGUGAUCAAAGGUCCCCAGGAAUUAUUCCCUUGGCCGUGAAGGAUGCUUUUAGUAUCAUUCAAGAGACUCCAAACCGUGAAUUUCUUCUUCGUGUCUCGUAUUUGGAAAUUUACAAUGAGGUUGUUAAUGACUUAUUAAAUCCAGCAGGACAAAAUUUAAGAAUACGAGAGGAUAAACAGGGAACCUUUAUUGAAGGAAUAAAGGAGGAAGUUGUGUUAUCUCCUGCCCAUGUUCUUUCUCUUAUUGCGGCUGGAGAAGAGCAUAGACAUGUUGGUUCAACAAAAUUUAAUUUGCUCAGCAGCAGAAGUCACACAAUAUUUACUCUGAUAAUAGAGAGUAGUCCUUGUGGUGAAAAUGGUGAAGACGGUGCAGUUAACUUUUCACAGCUGAACCUUGUAGACCUAGCUGGUUCCGAGAGCUCAAAAGUCGAAACCAUUGGAGUCCGUAGAAAAGAAGGAUCCUACAUUAAUAAGAGCCUGUUAACUCUCGGAACUGUCAUAUCAAAACUAACCGACGGAAAUGCUUCCCAUAUACCAUACCGAGACUCAAAAUUAACAAGGCUUCUUCAAUCUUCAUUAAGUGGUCACGGAAGAGUAUCGCUCAUUUGCACUAUUACCCCUUCAUCAAGCAAUUCAGAAGAGACACAUAGUACGUUAAAGUUCGCCCACCGUGCAAAACACAUUGAAAUUCAGGCUGCUCAAAACAAGAUUGCUGAUGAGAAAUCCCUUAUCAAGAAAUAUCAGAAUGAAAUUCGAUCUUUAAAAGACGAGUUGGAACAAUUAAAGGAGGGCGCUUUAACAGUUUCUCAACUGAAGCAUAAUCGAAGAGAUGAUAUGGUUAUCCUUAAAGAAGAAGAAGAAGAAGAAGUGAAAGAAGCUUUGUUAAGCCGAAUACAAAGACUGACGAAACUGAUUUUAGUCUCCAAUAAAUCAUCUCACGCGUCUAGAUUUUCUCAUCGUCCUCUAAGGAGAGGACAUUCCUUUGGGGAAGAAGAGCUUGCGUAUCUCCCACACAGAAGGCGUGACUUGAGUCUGGAUGAUGAAAAUGUCGAGUUAUACGUUUCUCUUGACGGAACUGCGGAAACUAACAAGGAUGUACCUAAGGAGGAGAAAAAGAUCAAGAAGCCUGGAUUGCUUAAUUGGUUAAAACCUCGGAAACGAGAUAAUUUAUCUGGGGCUUUGAUCAGUUCAAGUGAUAAAUCAAGUGGAACGAGAUCUGUUAGUGAUAGUCCACUUUCAACGCCUCCACCUGGUAAUCGUAAUCCUCCUAUUGAAUCCAUACAUUCACACUCGUUGCCUACAGAAUGUAUAUCUGCUGAGUUGUUAUUGGAGCCCAAACAAGAUCAACAAGUUGAUGCGGAUAAUUCUCUGUCACAAGAAACUCCUCAGGUGGAGAUAACUAGAUUAAACGACGAAACCAAACGGAAGAAGGAACAAAUCUCGCGCAUGGAAAGCAAAAUUACUGAUUCAGUUACAACAUCUUGUCACAAAAUCGAGGAUUUUGAUAAAUCACAAUCUUUUCCCGAGCUAGAAGCACAGUUAAACGAGAAGUCCUUCGAGCUUGAGGUGAAAACCGCAGAGAAUCAAGUAAUACAAGAACAACUAAAUCAAAAGAUAAAUGAAUGUGAAGGACUACAAGAAACCAUCACAUCGUUAAAAAAAUGUCUUUCAUCUGCACAGUGUGAACCGCACUUGCAGAAAGAAUUUACAAAAACCGAAGAAACAAAGGAAGUUCUGCUCCUACAGGCUCAGGCGUAUGAAAUCGAAGAACUUAAACAGAAAGUAAUCGAGUUGACCGAGUCAAAAGAGCAGUUAGAUGCACGAAACAGAAAGCUAGCCGAUGACAGCUCAUACGCCAAAGGAUUAGCCUCGGCUGCUGCCGUCGAGCUCACGGCUCUAUCAGAAGAAGUUGCAAAACUAAUGAACCAGAACGAGAGACUAAUCGCCGAGUUAGCCGCCACACCUAAACACUCACCAACCGCACGUAAAACAACAACGAGCCCCGCUAAAAACGGAAGAAAUACAAAACCGAAAGAACGAACUCCAACUCAAAUGGAUUUAAAAAGAGAACUUGCAUCAAGUAGGGAAAGAGAGAGGUCUUAUGAAGCAAUCAUAUCCCAAAAGGAUAAAAAGGAAACCGAACUAAAACAAAUGUUGGAUGAAUCGAAACAAAGAGAAGCGUAUCUUGAAAACGAGCUUGCAAACAUGUGGGUGAUGGUGGCUAAGUUAAAGAAAACACUAGGAGAUGAAACCGAACCAUCCGAGUCUAGUAAAGAGAGCCAACAAGUUGAUUGAGAGCCGAUGAGUUGAUGGUUGGGACCUCAUAUCAUAUAGGUCACCAACAGGGCUUUAGCCGGAGGCUGUGUGCGCGUGUGAGUUAUUGACCGAUGGUUUGCUGGGUCUCUUUUGAGAGUUUGGGGGAAAUGUAAGUGUCAUUUUCCAAUUGGCUUUUUGUAUAAGGGCUAAAAACUAUGGUUUGUGUAAAUAAAGUCAUUGUUUUUCAAUGUGGUUGUUGCGAAACAUAUA